AUUUUUUCAUACAAUGUUAAAGAGCGAGAGAAACUUGACUUGGGAUUUAGAGGCUUGGCAGCCCUUUUCAUUUAUAACAGUAAAUUCACUAAACUUAAUUGCCCAUACCGUUGUAAAAGAAUUUUAGUUCGUUCCUUAGUUCGCUAGAAAUUAGUAAAAAAAAGUUUUGAAGUAAAAUGUUAUCAGUUGCAGAGAUAAUAAACUUAUUAAACAGUAUUCCAGUUGGUUACAAAUCACCAGAGGAUAACUGUUUUAAUGCCGCCAAUCAAAUGUACAUACCAGAGUACAAAAAACUUGGUGUUAUAACUGUUGCAAAUGAGUUACAAGAUAAUUUGCCAGAGGCGGACGAAAAUGAUUUAUUUUGUGAUGUGCCUGGAUGUCAAAUUGCAUUUGAAAACUCGGCUUCCUACCAGGCUCAUUUUUACAAUGUUCAUCGAUAUUUAUGUUCUGUUUGCCGUCGUUGUUUGCCUACAGCGCACUUGCUAUGUUUGCAUAUUUUGGAGUGUCACGAUUCCUAUUUUAUUAUUCGCGCAAAACGUGGAGACGCUAUGUAUUCAUGUUUUUUGGGAGAAUGUAAAGUAAAACUUCCUACACCAAAGCAACGUAGAGAACACUGCAUCAACAAACAUAAAUUUCCCGCUAAUUAUAGGUUUGAACAAUUGUGUGGCAAACCAUAUAAAAGACAUACGAAAAAACCAUCCAAAAGUGUUGAAGCAAAUGAGAUAGUCGAUGACAUGGACGUUGUUGCUGAUAUUCCUAACAUGAAAUAAAAAAACUUAGCUCAUCAAAGGUGCACCCAACUAAAAAAAAGCUAAAUAAUAAUUCAAAAUUUAUUUAUUUAUUUCAAGGUCCAUUUUUUUUAAUAAAUAUAAUGAAAUAU